AUGGAAGAGUCGACACAGCAGAUACGGAUCGAUGGCAUGACAUGUCAAAGUUGUGUGAGAAAUAUUGAAAAUACAAUAAAUAAAUUAAAUGGAAUUCAAUCAAUUAAAGUUUCACUUGAGGAAAAAAUAGGAACCAUUGUCUACAAUACAAAUACCAUCCAUAUAAAUGAUAUUAUUGAACGUAUCAAUGAUAUGGGUUUCGAUGCCGAGCUUAACCAAACAACAAAAAAUGAUGAUCUUGAUAUUGAGCUUGGAGGAAUAUCUGAUGAAAACAUUCCUGUUGCUACGCAACGUAUAUUAUCAAUAACCGGAGUCUUAAAUGUUAAUUUUCCUUUAAAAAAUGAUAGUAGCCGUGUACAAAUAUCGUAUGACAAAAAUCAAAUCGAUCCCUAUUCACUAUAUCAAAAAAUACAAUCAAUUGGAUACAAAGUAAAUCCAAAAUUAGAGAAUAUCUCUCAAGCUUAUCUACGUAUACAAGGCAUGCAUUGUAAUUCAUGUGUCAUGAAUAUUACACAGACUAUAGAAGAUCUACCCGGUAUACACAGUAUAAAAGUAUCGUUUGAUGAUGAAUCAGCGAAUGUUUUAUUUGAUUCUAAUAUAAUUAAAUUAUCGAAUAUUAUCAAAGAAAUUGAAAAAUUAGAUUUUCAAGUUGCCAUGUCAACCAAGAACGAUGAAGACAAAAAUAAAGAUCAUAUGGAUAGCUCAAACACACCACUAUUGCCAGCUGAAAAUACUCGUCAAUCAAGUCCAUCGAAACCAUUUCAAUCAAUAAGCAUCAACGAUGAGACAGAGACAUGUUUCGUGAGCAUCACUGGCAUGACAUGUGCGAGUUGUGUUGAUUCAAUUCAACGAAACCUCUCAAAAGUUGAAGGUAUUAAUUCGGUUCGUGUUGCACUUUUAGCGCAUAAAGCAGAAAUAAAAUAUAAUCCAGAAUACAUCAUUCCAUCUCAAAUUGCUUAUUUAAUUAAUGAACUUGGAUUUCGUGCUGAAAUACUCGAUACAGUGGAACAAAGUGUAGAUAUUAUUGAUUUACAUAUUGAAAAUAUGACCUGUUCAUCGUGUGUACGAAAAAUUGAAACUUCCAUAGGAAAAUUACAUGGAGUUCAAAGUGCGGAAGUAGCACUACUUACGCAUCGUGGCAGAUUUAAGUAUGAUCCGUCACAAAUAGGUCCAAGAGAUAUUAUACAUGAACUUGACUCUAUUGGUUUUCCAGCUUCAUUAGUUACUGAAGAUUCUAAAACAACUAAUCUCGCAAAAAUUCAUCGAAAGGAAACUCGAAGAUGGCGUAAUUCAUUUUUACUUGCUGCGCUUUUUGGUAUUCCAGCGAUGAUCAUUAUGAUGGCAUUUAUGUUUAAAUGGAAAAAUCACGAAGAAGCACCUCAAGUCAUACGUGGCUUAUCUGUGGAAAAUCUCAUUAUGUUUCUUUUAUCAACGCCAGUACAAUGGAUUAGUGGUCGCUAUUUUUAUAUUCAAGCAUACAAAGCAUUGAAACAUGGCUCGGCUAAUAUGGAUGUGUUAAUUGUGAUGGCAACCACCACAGCCUAUGUUUAUUCGUGCAUCGUAGUUUUAUUUAAUAUUACACAACGGCUUCCAAGUCCAAUUACGUUUUUUGAUGUACCGCCAAUGCUCAUGAUGUUUGUUGCUCUUGGUAGAUGGCUUGAACAUAUAGCUAAGGGAAAAACAUCAGAUGCUCUAACAAAAUUAUUGUCAUUACAACCGCCGCAAGGAACUUUAGUUCAAUUAGAUGAAAAAACGAAUACAAUCAUUGAAGAAAAAAUUAUUCUUGCAAAAUUGAUUCAACGUAAUGAUGUAUUAAAAGUUGUUCCAGGCGAAACCAUACCUACCGAUGCGCGAGUUAUUCAAGGCACAUCGACAUGCGAUGAAUCAUUGAUAACUGGCGAAGCGAUGCCAGUUGAAAAAAUGAUUGGCUCACAAGUUGUUGGCGGAACAAAAAAUCUAAAUGGAAUGCUAUUAAUUCGUGCUACACAUGUUGGCCAUGAAACAGCACUUAAACAAAUAAUUAAACUAGUCGAAGAAGCACAAACAUCUAAAGCACCUAUACAAGCAUUAGCAGAUAAAAUUGCUGGAUACUUCGUACCUGUUAUUGUCGGUUUUUCUGGUGUUACACUAAUCUGUUGGAUUAUUAUUGGUUAUACUCAGUAUGAUAAAAUAGAAAAAUACUCAAUGUAUCAUCAUUCUAUGAUGGGACAUCAAUCAGGAAAAGAACCAAGUCGAAUGGAAGUUAUACUUGAAUUAGCUUUUCGUUUUGCUAUUACAGUUCUUUCGAUUGCAUGCCCAUGCGCUCUUGGACUUGCAACACCUACAGCUGUUAUGGUUGGUACUGGUGUCGGUGCUUCGCAAGGUAUUCUUGUUAAAGGCGGUGAACCGUUAGAAGCUGCUCAAAAAAUUCGAACAAUUGUUUUUGAUAAAACAGGUACAAUAACUCAAGGUAAACCGACUGUUGUCGAUACACGUCUGUUUAUUCCAAAUGAUCCUUAUUGGACGUUGAAACGCAUGUUGGCCAUUGCUGGUGCAGCGGAAAGUGGUUCUGAACACCCAUUAGGUAAAGCUGUAAGAGCACAUUGUAAAGGCCAUUUUGGUUGUGAACAAUUCGGCCAUUGCGAAGAUUUUAAUGCUAUAUGGGGUUAUGGUUUGAGUGCAAAGGUGAACGGAAUUGAAUCGCUAGUAAAUAAAAUCAAUGGAUCUGGUGAUAAUAUUUCGUUAAAUGACAAAACUUAUUCUGUUUUAAUUGGUAAUCGAGAGUGGAUGGAAAGAAAUAAUAUGAAUGUAACCAAUGAAAUUGAUGCAGCCAUGGCUAAACAUGAACACGAUGGACAUACAGCUGUGUUGAUUGCUGUUGAUAGUACGAUAAUUGGUAUGAUCGCCAUAGCAGAUCGUAUUAAACCAACGGCACCCUUGACAAUAUUUGCUCUUCAAUCCAUGGGUCUCAAUGUAUUACUUGUUACGGGUGAUAAUGUUAAAACUGCUCGUGCAAUAGCAGCACAAGUCGGCAUAAAAAAUGUUUACGCUGAAGUUUUGCCUACGCAAAAAGAACGCUUUAUUGCUACAUUAAAAGAAAAUAGUCGUAACGGUGAUAAAGUCGCAAUGGUUGGCGAUGGCGUCAAUGAUUCACCAGCAUUAGCACGUGCUGAUGUUGGCAUUGCUGUUGGCACCGGAGCAGAUGUCGCGGUUGAAGCAGCAAAUAUUGUUUUAAUUCGUGAUGCACUUGAAGAUGUUCUUGGUGCAAUACUUUUAUCGAAAACUACUGUUCGAAGAAUAAGAUUUAAUUUUUUAUUUGCUGUAAUUUAUAAUCUCAUUGGUAUACCAAUUGCGGCUGGAGUUUUUCUUCCACUUGGUAUAUCACUCAUGCCAUGGAUGGCAUCAGCAGCUAUGGCUUUAUCAUCCGUUAGUGUUGUUAUGUCAUCAUUACUGUUAAGAAAUUUUCGUAAACCAAAUAUACAGAAGUACGACAAUCAGGAAUUUAUUCUUUGGUCAAUGAAUAAAGGAAAAAACAUAAAUGUUCACCGUGGCAUUGACGAUCUUGAACGAACACCAAACGGUUCAUUUAUUUCAAGUUUACGUGGCAGUCGUCUAGCACAGAUAUUGUCGGGUGCUGUAUCAGCUGUAAAACAGCAAGCAUCAAGUUCACUUUAUGAUAAACAAAAAGCAGCACUACUACUUAAUACACAUUCACUUGAUGAUGAAACGGAAUUACAAGUUGUAACAUGA